GGAUGGGGCAGCUGGCUGCCGCUGGCGCCCGGAAUCCGCGCGCAGCCCGGGUGCAAGUUCUCUCCCAUCGUCUGAAGUCCCCACUCUGGGGCCCUCUGUAUGAGUGACACGUGGCCUGCCAUGGAACCUGGCCCUGCUCUGGCCUGGCUCCUGCUCCUGAGCCUGCUGGCUGAUUGUCUGAAAGCUGCUCAGUCCCGAGACUUCACAGUGAAAGACAUUAUCUACCUCCACCCUUCAACCACACCAUAUCCUGGUGGAUUUAAAUGUUUCACCUGCGAAAAGGCAGCAGACAAUUAUGAAUGCAACCGAUGGGCUCCAGACAUCUACUGUCCUCGAGAGACCAGAUACUGCUACACUCAGCACACGAUGGAAGUCACAGGAAACAGCAUCUCUGUCACCAAACGCUGCGUCCCACUGGAAGAGUGCUUGUCCACUGGCUGCAGAGACUCGGAGCAUGAAGGCCACAAGGUCUGCACCUCCUGCUGUGAAGGAAAUAUCUGUAACUUGCCACUCCCCCGAAAUGAAACUGAUGCCACGUUUGCCACAACAUCACCUAUAAAUCAGACAAAUGGGCACCCGCACUGCAUGUCGGUGAUAGUGUCCUGCCUGUGGGUGUGGUUAGGACUCACAUUAUAGCAGCUCAACAGUACCGUGUUUACUAGGGAUCCGUGGGAUCUCACUGUCCAUAGUCAUGCAUGAAUCAUUGGCCUGACAAUAGUCACCCAUGUGAGACUGCACCAAUCACAGAUGUCAUCGUGGCCAGGCAUUCCCACUUCCUACGAGAAACAAGCAUUGCUUCAGUAUUGCCAUUUGGCAUCUAACCAAGACCCCCCCA